AUGUCUUUGGGGGGUCAGCGUAUUGAGUCGAGCUUAGAGUCUGGGUCCGCGUCGGACCAAGAGGUUUCUGUGAACAACAGCUCCUCUCCUGAGGCGCAGUCGAGGUCCGAAAGUCGAUCGGACCGUGAAGAAUCGCCACUUGUGGAAUUGGCUGAUCGACUUCGACCUGAUGGUGCCUCCUCACAACGCGAGGCCUCAAAUCUUCAAGUGGUCGAAAUUGACGAAGAUUCUCGUGAAGGAGAUGCUGUUGAGCAAGCUGAAGACGAGAUCGAUAAGGAAGAUAACGAGGAGGAAGGCGAGCAAACCAAACCUCGAAAGAAGGGUUCCAAACGAAAGGGGAACAUCAAGAAUCGAUUAGUGGACAUUCGAUCUCGAAUGACACCGGAGCGCCUCGAAGAAAUGCGGGCGCUUUACGGCUUUCACUGCGAGCUCAGAUCGCCAGGUCCUGAUGACCGUCCAUGGCUAGCCCCGGUCGGCUGGGUCACGUUGUACGAGGCCUCGUUCAGCAUGCGUCAUCUUUGGGUUCCGUUGCCGAGGCUGCUGACGGAUUACGCAGACUGGCGAUGCAUCGCUCUCUCGCAGAUUCUUCCGGCAGGAAUACGGUAUAUGGUCGCGGCUCUCCUGUUUGGGAGCGAGGUCGGGGUUAGCGUCGACUGGCGCUUCUUCGAAGAGAUGACCACUGUCCAGAGGAAUAACUCGAUCCCGGGCACUUACACCAUUAAAGCCGGAAAAAACUGUUCUCUUAUUUACCCCGUGAAUAGGACAUCGAACUGGGAGGCGUCUUUCUUUUACGCCAAGGUCGAUGAGUCGUUAGUCGUUGACACGGCUAGAAAUUUUAGGAACGAAUGGAGCCAGAGAAUUGGUAGAUCGCUUAUCGAAACGUUAACCUCGACGCUUAUCCGGAAGAUUACUUCGAGAAUCUUCAAAAGCUCAGAUCCGUUGGCAUUCAGAGGUGGCCUGACAUUCAUCGUCGGAGAGUCGAGGCUGCCAUCAAUCGCAUCACAAACGGUAAGUUCGACUCCGAUUCAAGUUAACGCGCCCAGCCUCGCCGCACGUCUAAAGGACAAAAAGAGCGAGAGUAAGGAUCGGGGUCCUACUGCUUCUCGGCCUGUACGCUCGGAUCCAGUGCCGUCCCAAGAAGAGGUUGAGGUCGAUCCUCAACGCGUUGCCGAGGUCGAGGUCGAAGCUCAGAGUGCUGAAGACCAAGUGGAAGCUCGGCAACCGGAUGAUGAAGCCGAUGAAGCCACACAGUCGGCGAGAGCUGUUCGGGAUGAUAAGGGGCUCUACCUCCGAGGUCCCCCUGGAACCGAUGGGGCUUUCAAAGACAUGGCGAGCUUCGCCUUCAAGUUCAUCGCGAGCUGCAACUGCGCGCGGGGUCAGUACAUGCGCUGGCUCCGGAAUGGUGCCGCUCGGUUAAAAGAUGCCCAGGCUGCUGGUGAAAAGGCGGGGAAAGAGCGUGACGCCGCCAUCGAGGAGCGAAGGGUCGCCGAGGACAAUUGGCAGACCAUGAAGAGGAAGGCGGAGCAGCUCGAUGUAGGGGUUAAAGAGCUAACUGACAAGAUUGAGGCGAUGAAGCAAGAGAACCUCGAUUUAGUGAAUAACCUGCAGAUCAUCAAUGAGGCCAAGAUCCAGGUCGAGAAGUGGAUCGCCACUGAGGUCGUCCGGGCACAGCGACAAGCUGAUGAGAGGAUCGAGGCGGAGACGACCCGAAUUUGGGCGGAUGCCGAGGCGAAGUAUUCCGGUCGCAUCGAUCGGCUGAGGAUUUGGGUUGCUCAACAGGAGGCGAUCGAGAAGGAUAAGCUCGAUCUGGUUCAAGCUCGAGGUACAUUGGAAUGCCUUGAUCUCUUGAAGGAGCAAGAGAUGUCUGAGGCAGAGUUGAGAGCCGAGCUGGAAUCGUCGAAGCGCGAUUGCGAACAGAAGCUCGAGAACCUCAGCUUCACAGAUCUUGAGGAAGGCGACUUGCCUCCGCCUUACCCUGAAACUCCAGAUGGUGGUUCGGAUCGAGAUGAUGCCGAAGACGAAGAGAACCACGAGGGCGGCAAUGAGCCUGAAGAAUAG